GUUUGGUGGCUCUGUUUCGGGAGAUUGGGUCCGCCAGCAGCAGUCAGUCACUUUCCUGAGAACAACUGAAAAUGUACAGACUGCAGGAGCUGGUGUCAUUCAAGGAUGUGGCUGUGGACUUCACUCAAGAGGAGUGGCAGCAGCUGGACCCAGAUGAGAAGGUGACAUACAGGGAUGUGAUGUUGGAGAACUAUAACAACCUCAUUUCUGUGGGGUAUGAUGUUACCAAACCCAAUGUGAUCAUUAAAUUAGAACAAGGUGAGGAGCCAUGGACAAUAGAUGGUGACUUCUCUCAGACUUGUCCAGAAGUAUGGAAAAUUGAUGACCUGAUGGAGAGAAUCCAAGAAAAUGAAGAUGAACGUUCAAGGCAAGCUGUUGAUAUUCAUAGCCAAACCUUGACAGAGGAGAGAAAGGAUGCACUUGAUAAAAUUUAUAAUGUGGAAACAAACCUUGAUCCUUCAAGCAUAAUAGUUCACAGAUGUGUUUCCUGUGGGAAGAGGUUAGAAACUGUUUCAGAAUUAAUCGGUAGUGAUGGAAGCUAUGCAAGGAGGAAACCUGAUGUAUGUAAUGAAUGUGGGAAAAUUUAUCACGGAGAGAAUCUUUGUAAGUUUAAUCAAAACGAGGACACCUACUCUCAAAGUGAAGAAAAUAUUCUGCAGAGAAUUAAUUUGGAGAAGCCCUUUGACUACGAGUGCAUGGAAGCCUUAGAUAGUGAAGCUGUUUUCAUUGCUCAUCAUGAAGGAGCAUAUAUGGGGGAGAAACCAUAUGAGUGGAAUGAUUCUGAGCCAGACUUCAUCCAGAUGUCAAAUUUUAAUGCCUAUGAGAGAUCACAGAUAGAAUUGAAGCCCUUUGAAUGUACAGAAUGUGGAAAGUCGUUUUGCAAAAAGUCUAAAUUCAUCAUUCAUCAGAGGGCCCACACAGGAGAGAAACCCUAUGAGUGUAAUGUGUGCGGUAAGUCCUUUAGUCAGAAGGGAACACUCACUGUACAUCGAAGAUCACACUUGGAGGAGAAGCCCUAUAAAUGUUCUGAGUGUGGAAAAACUUUCUGUCAGAAGUUACACCUUACACAGCAUGUGAGAACUCACUCGGGAGAGAAGCCCUAUGAAUGUAGUGAGUGUGGGAAAACCUUCUGCCAGAAGACACAUCUCACCCUACACCAGAGAAACCACUCAGGAGAGAGACCGUAUCCAUGUAGUGAGUGUGGGAAAUCCUUCUCCCGCAAGUCAGCCCUCAGUGACCAUCAGAGAACCCACACAGGAGAGAAGCUUUAUAAGUGUAAUGAGUGUGGGAAGUCCUACUACCGAAAGUCUACCCUUAUUACUCACCAGAGAACACACACGGGCGAGAAGCCCUAUCAGUGUAGUGAAUGUGGCAAAUUCUUUUCAAGGGUGUCAUACCUCACUAUACAUUAUAGGAGUCACUUAGAAGAGAAGCCUUAUGAAUGUACUGAGUGUGGCAAAACCUUCAAUUUAAAUUCAGCCUUCAUCAGGCAUCGAAAGGUACAUGCAGAAGAGAAACUCCAUGAGUGUAGUGAAUGUGGGAAGUUUCCUCAGUCACCAUGUCUUGCUGACCAUGAUACAGUCCAUGUAGGAGAGAAGCCCUAUGAAUGUAAUGAGUGUGGGAAAAUUGUCCUUGAAAAUUCAGCCUUCAAUGGACACCAGCCCCUUCCAGAAGAGGAGAAAACCUAUGAAUGUAAUAUAUGUGGAAAAUCCUUCUCUGAGUUGACAACCUACACUGUACAUUACAGAGGACAUGCUGAAGAGAAGCCUUUUGGAUGUAAUGAGUGUGGGAAAACCUUCUCCCAUAAUUCAUCCCUCUUUAGACAUCAGAGAGUACACACUGGUGAGAAGCCUUAUGAAUGUUAUGAAUGUGGAAAAUUCUUCUCCCAGAAGUCCUAUCUCACAAUUCAUCAUCGGAUCCAUUCAGGAGAGAAACCCUAUGAGUGUAGCAAGUGUGGGAAAGUCUUCUCUCGGAUGUCAAACCUCACUGUACACUAUAGAAGCCAUUCAGGAGAAAAACCCUAUGAAUGUAAUGAAUGUGGAAAAGUCUUUUCUCAGAAGUCAUACCUCACUGUACAUUACAGAACUCAUUCAGGAGAGAAACCCUAUGAAUGUAAUGAUUGUGGGAAAAAGUUCCACCAUAGAUCAGCCUUCAAUAGCCAUCAGAGAAUUCAUAAAAGAGGGAAUAUGAAUGUGCUCAAUGUGGAAAAUUCCUGAAAUCAAAUCUCAAUUUUUAGAAAAACUUCUGACUGUACAAAUAUGGGAAAUUCAGUAGUGAGCCUAAUAUUCAUUUGACUAUUCAUCUUCCUGAAUGGGGAAAAAUUUUGAAUUUUUAGAUCCAUUAUAAUUGGAUUUUUCUAAGAAUCCCUAACAGUGCACCAAGUAGCAAAGCCUUCAAGAAGACGAUAUAACUCAUGAGACACCAGCUAUUUUAUGCAGGUGUGAAAUUUUAUAAAUAUUAUUUAUUUUAGGUUCAAACUGUAUUUACCUAUCAGGGAAUAGUACUAUAGAGAAAUCUGUCAAUAUGAUGAAUGUGGAGAACAUACUGUCUUGAAAAUUGUUAUGCUAAAAGCCAUAUUUCUGAUGUAAAAACAUAUUUAUAGGAAAGAUCAAACUAUCAGCUCUGAAUAAAUUUUCAUUUAUAAAAUGAAGUUUUAAAAUCAGGAGUUGGUGUGAGGACUAUAGCAUUAAACAUAUUUCCUGUUUUGUUUUUCAAAGCAAUCUAAUGGUAAUUCUAUGCAAGUUAGGAUUUGAAUAAUUUUGAAAAGACGGUAGUCUUACUCGAGUAUUGGAUGGCAAAAUGUACUAACAGGGAUAUGUUGUUGGUGGGAUAUUUGAUAAUUAUGUAAUAGUAAAGUAUGUAGCUUUCAGUUCUUUAGAGGAAUUUACAAGUUCAUUUUUAGUGAGUGCCUCAUCCGUAGAGGGGUGCUUUUCAACUUGAGCUAAAAACGGAUUUUUUAAAAUACUAUUUUGAUAAAGUGUGAAUACAUAAUUUGGGAUUAAGCCUAUUUCAGUGAAACAACAAGUGCUAUAUGUGCUACCCUACUCUAACAUACCCCUAGUUCUUCACCUGUCUUGUUUUCUGGUCUAUAGAUUUGAGUACAUGGAAUGCCAGUAUUAUGUAAUUGAGACAUUUUAUCUGAAUUUUUAUGUGAUAUAAAUAUGGCUGUCAUUUUGUUUAUUGUCCCAUAUUCUCUAUACUUUUGAACAAAUCAAUAUGUUUCUAGCAGACAUUUGCUGGUUGAUUAACUUAAUGUCCUCCCUCAUUUCUUGCUGGAAGAGUUUGGCUACCUGCUUUUUUCACUUGAUCCUGUAAAUCCUGAUGAGUUUACACCAAUAAUGAUCCAAUCUGUUGCCAGCACAGUAGCCCCCUCUUCUCCACAAGGGGUGUGUUCCUUAGAUACUUGAUGGGCAGGUAGCAGAUACAGCAGGGAUACACAGGACAAAAGGAUGAUUCAUGUCCCAGGCAAGAUGUGCAAGAUUUCAUCGCUCUUAAUUACAGUUGUGCACAUGUUAAAACUUAUGAAUCAUUUAUUCUGAGACUUCCCAUUUAAUGCUUUUGGACUGGCUAACCCCAGAUAAAUGAAAGUAUGCAAAGUGAAACCUUGGGUAAGGAGGGGCUAUUGUAACUUGUUUAUAAUGGCCAUAUUACCCACUCCUGUAUAAACCAAACUAACUAAUUUGUUCUGGGAAGUGGGUGAACUGGUGAUCAAAUGGGUCUUACUCCACAAAUGCAAGGGUGGUUAAAUAUUUAGAAGUCAACCACUGUUAAUCACAUAAAGGUGAUUUGGUAUGCAGAAAACUCACAGAAUUAAUGUCCAUUUAUAAUCUUAGCAAGCAUGGAUAGAAUGGAACUUCCUUAAUUGGACAAAGAGUAACUUAAACUAUAACAAACAAUAUGUGUAAUAGUGAAAUAAUGAAAGUUUUCUCCCAUGAUGAAAAGUCAAGGAUAUCUUCUAGCACAGAUUUUAUGCAACACUAUACAGAAGGACUUAGCCAGGGGGAUGGAUGGAUAUAUAUAUGGAUUGGAAAAGAAGUAAAAUUUUAUUUGCAGAGACAUGAACUAGGAAGUAGAAUAUUCUCAGGAAUAUUCAGAUAAUAAAAAUGAGUAAAUUGAGCAAGGUCUCUGCAUACAGGAUAAUUUUGCAAAACUUGUUUUUCAUUAUACCAGCAAAAAAUAACAUUUUUUAAAGGAAUACCACUUCUUUAAAAAUCUGAAUUUUUUUCAAGUGCCUAGGGAACAGUUUAACAUGUUCAAGAGAUUUAUCCAGAAAAAAUAAGAAUUGCAACAUGGAGGGAUGUUUCUUGUUUAUGGAUUUCAGGAGAAACUCAAUGUCAGUUUCCGUAAGUUAACUCAUAUAUUGAGUACAGUCUUGUUUUUGUGGUACUGGGAAUUGAACACAGGACCUUGAGCAUACUAGACAAACACUCUGGUGCUGAUCUUUACCCCUACCCUUUACUUUAUUGUAAUGUUUGAGACAGCCUCACUGAGUUGCUUAGGCUGGCUCCAAAUUUAAGACCCUCCUCCCUCAAUCUCCUGAGUAGAUUGUAUUACAGCCACACACCAC